AUGGCGAAGGUCUGCUUCCCUCGUCAUCUCCGCCAAACCAGCAUCUUCCAUGCCCAGUCCCGGUCCCCACAUGCGGCGCAGGUCACCCCGCUACAUCCUCCGACGGUGCAUCUCUGUGACUUUCGCCAUGCCGAUAAAGACGUCCCCCGUAGAUAUCUAGCUCAUAUCCGCCGCGAUGACUCAGAGCUAGACGUCCUGCGACUCACACCGGUUUACUUCUCUGCCAACAGGCCUCAGAGAUGGAAGCACAAAUACGGUGAUGAGAAGCUAGUAGUUCGCUGGCGAACUGAAGGAGGCAAGACAGAUUCUCCCGGCUACUUUGGAAAAUCGAGUCCUAAAGAAUCUCCACCGUUCACCAAUGGAGAAGCUACGACGAAUAACUCUUCCACAACCAACAGAGAUAUAAGAACUAGUAGUGAAACGCAAUCAGCGCUGUCCUCCUCAUCGAAUGGAACAAAUCGUGGUCUCAGCAAGCUCGGGCUGUUCAUCUUCUUGUUUGAUGACGAGGGCCGUAUCGCCAGUCAUACCAUUGAACAUGCCGAUGAAAGUAAUGGAUGGGAUAGGACGGCGAGGGUUGUCACACUGACGGACUGGCUGCUCGGGAAGGCUAAAUGGCCCGGAUCCAGAGGCGAUGCCGGCGCAACACCCGCACUCGCUGUCGGUCUAGAUCUUUCGCGGGAUGACAAAAUGCUGUUCAAAAACAAAUCUUGA